AUGGAAAAGGAUGAAACUGGGUCAUCACCGGAAAACCCUGGUAUCGGUCACCAUGAAAAUAACGAGAUGCUUUUCUUCUGCUUUGCUGUAUCUUUGAUCCCUUCUCAAACCUUGGAGUAUUGUAAUAAUGGCCAUUUGGUCAUAAGACGACUAGAGUUGAACCCUGAUCAUCCUGUGCCCGCUGCUAUCAUUGGUCAUGCCCUCAACCUGUUUGAUAUUUGGACUGGCCGAAAAGCUGAGCUCCUGAAUUAUAGUCUUGGUCAUACCCAUAUGGUUAAAGACCUUACUUUGGAUAACUACGUAGCAGAGAAGCCUGAGGUGGCUGAUACUGAGCUUUGUCUCACCCAUCAAUGCUAG